AACACACGUGAUAACCUGUCACUUUAAGAAAAAACAAAACAAUAACAAACUCAAUCUUGAAGAUUCGCUUUUCAGGCGGUCCCUAUGCUCUGUGGACCUUUCAACGAUUGGCUGCAACUGAUGUUGUUUAUCGUUUUGUAUACCCGUAAAUAAACAGACUGGGCUGCUAAAAAUGAGUAGAAAGUAUGACCGACUUGGAAAUUUAGAGACCGAAGUAUCAGAAGUAACAUCACUGUUGAGAGAUGAUGUUGAAAAAGUUGUUGGCCGUGGAGAAAGAAUAGGAGACUUACAAGAUAGAACAGAGGAUUUGAGUGCUAGUUCACAAGAAUUUCGAAAAGCAGCUGUUAGAGUGAAAAGAAAGGCAUGUUGGCAGAAUUGUCGAUUAACAUGUAUAAUAAUAUUAGUUGUAGCAACUAUUAUUGCUGUUAUUGUUAUCGUUGUUGUAGUUGAAAAACCAUGGGAUAAAUCAAGUGAUGAUCACCAUAAGAAUUCAACUUUAAUGAUAAAACGGCCAUAAAUGCUGCUUUCUGUUGACACAGUGCUGUACCUUUCUAUAUGUUAAACAUAAUUUAAACUUUUGAUGCAGAGUUAAUAUAAUAUUUAUAUACAGUAUUUAUAAAAGAUACAUACAUGUAACAACUGAUAUUGCUCAAAUAACUAAACCACUAAAUGUUGAGCAUCAUUUAAAUGAAGUUAAUAUAAUAUUUAUAUACAUAUUCAUUAUUUGUAUCAACUAUAAAUUGUUAAAAGUCCAAUGAGGAAAUUUUGUGUUUCACAAGUUUCAUUUUAAGAUGCAAUAAGUAAGAUAAAACUAAUUACAAACAUGGUAUUCAAUCUUGGGGCAUGAUAACAAAAGUGUUCAUUUUGCUGACAGUAAAAUACGUGUAUGUUUGUCAGACGUUUUUGAUUUAAUUUAUCAUUAGAAUCAGAAUGUAUUUAUAGCAUAUGGAUGUCCUUCAUUUAUUUCAUUGGAGAAAAAACGAAUUCUAUGUGUCUACAGAAGUUUACGAAAAAAACUUUUUGACUGUUGAAUUCCUCAAAAUCUUUUUCAUGGUUAAUUGAAUAGCUAGUAUAGAUAGCCCUUUCAUAAAAGCUAUUUUGACACUUAUCUAAAACAAUAUUAAUUUAAUACAAAUGUAUGUUAUGUCACUUUAAGAGUGUGUAUUAUUCCAUGUUAAAAUACAGACGUGACAUCAUUCUUUGAUGUUGGCAUACUAUUAUUUCAAAUAAAGGCAUGGGAAACAUGCCAAUCGUAUAUUAUUUUAUACUAGAUGAAAUAUUGGACUUGCGUGACAAUUUUAUUGAUAUGCACGUGUGAAAUAGCAUCUGCCUUUUAAACCACACAUAAUCGUUCAAUAUCUGGUAACUAUUAAUAAUCUUAUAAGUGUAUAUAAGAACCUGCAAUAUGUUAAUCAACUGGUCCCGUUCUCUGGAAUUUGUUGAUACCUCAAAUAAUAUUUUUAUUGUUACUUUGUGAUGUAACAUGUUAUUUUUAACUUUCAUGUAUUGAAAUCCUGAAGAAUUUUUAGUAUAUUUUUAUUGUUUAAAAAAAUUAUUUAUUGCCAUGUAUGUUUAUUAUAUCGGUGUAAAUAUUUGUAUUACAAAAUUAUCUGUGAUUAAAGAUGUAUUAUGUUAAAUCUGCUGAUAACAGGUUAUUAUUUUGGCUUUAAAUGUUAUAUAAAUUAUUAUUUAGACAUUUAUUCACAUGACAAGCCUACAAUUAACUCUCUAGACCAUUGGAUGGUGCAGAUUUAAAGAGAUUAAAAUACCAUUUAAUUUAAAAAUGGAGAAGUGAAGCCAAGUCUUGAUUAACAAGUAAAGUUGCUACUAUAAUAAACAACUUAUGCCAAAACUUCAAACAGGGAUAACAUCGCUCAGAAUAAAAUAAUUUGAAUGAAAUUAUCAUUAUAGCAAGAAUGGCCAGUUCUUUAUCAAAAUCUUACAUAAUGCAUCUUUAAAACGCUUAUUUGGCCAUAUAUGCACUGUGCUUGCACUUUGCUUGCUUGAGCAAUUUUAAAUUUCUUAACUUUAAUGUGGCAUGAUUAUUUGUAAACUUGAUAUUUAGAAUGUUUCAUUCUGUAGUUACACAUUUUAAUUUUAAAAUUUUUCAGUAUAUUAAUUCUGCAUUAUCAAUUUUGGAUCUAUAAUAGCAAAGCACAACUUGGGUAAUGUGAUCCAGUGAAUGCAGUCAUUAAUGUGUUGGUCUUAACUAAAUCAAAAUAUUUUUAUUUUUAUAUGUAUUAUAAUGUUUAUACGGUGAUAAUUGGUUGAUGUUUAGUGUAGAAAUUCUAAUCUCUGUGAUUGAUAUCAGCUAUUUACCACUCCUGCUUAUCCUGAAAUUAAAACCACACUAUUCACUGGGCUAUGUUUACAUUUACAAUAAAAUAAAAUUGUUCUGUCAAAAUAUUUGUUGGCCAUCUGGCAUACUGAUGAUGUAAAUUACAGAUUGGAAUGAUCAAGAGAAAUACACUAUAUUUUGUCCAUUUCAUGUACCAAUACCUUUCCUUCAAAUUUCUGAAUAUAAAUAAGAAUUGCAGCUAACAUGCUCAAUUAGAUAUUUUAGAACAAAUCAAUGAGCAUACCACUAGCUGCAUUUUCAUUUUAAAAAUAUGAUAAUCCAAACAUCUUAAACAUAAAUAUAUUAGAGAUUCAACUUUUAUCCAGUUGAGCUAUAAUUGUGUUCAAGUGCUAUUUGUAAAAUUAGGUGCACAUGCACUCUUAACCAUGAUUCAUUAAAGGUGACAUCCCAGAUACUAGCAAGUAAUUCAUUCUGAAACUCCCCAGAAAAAGGUGUAGUAUGACUUAGUCAGAGCACAGUGAUAUAUAUUUAAAAUAAAGUUUUUAAUUUGAUGUUUUAAAUAACAAUGAAUGAUUGUUGAGGUAUUUUGUUUGGGUUCAUUUUUUGUAAACAAUUGAAAAUAUUUUCAUAGUAUAAUGAUUGAUUUUUAAUAAGUGAUUAACAAUAAAAUUAACAUUUUAUACCA